CCAACGAAGAGGGGAAGAAGAUCGAAUUUGGCACUAAAUGGCGAUCUAAAAUCCAAAGAAUGGCCGUUCUUCMACAAGGCAGUGUAAUAUCAGCCACAGUAGAGCAAUCUUUGGGAAACUGUCUUCUUGUGUCGUUUAAACAUAGAUCUAGAACGUUUCGGGGAGUGUUGUUUGACGAGAAAAACUCUGCUGUUUCGAGAAUUACUGCUAACAGGCAAUCUAAUGACCCCAAUCUGUUGGUCAACAAAAGUUCUCUUCCUCUGGGUACGGCCAUCGUGUCUCCUUCAAGACAGCCAUACUCAAGUUUAAGGAACAGAAUUUACUACAACACUAAUCCUAAACGAACUGGUAGUUCAAACUCAAGGAGUAAUGGCUCUAGAAAUGCGGAAAACAGGAGCAGUUCUGGUAGCAAGUCUCAYUCUGACUCAGUUGGCUCAUUUGGGAAGGACAGUGMAAGCUCUCAGAGUCAAAAAAAGUCAGUUGUUGAUCAUGAAAGUGGUAUAGAAAGCAGACAUAGUGCUCGUUUACUUAGACAAAGAUCUGGAAAUACAACAGAGAAUGGAAAUAGUGCAAAAAGGAAGGCAGAGACUGAGUUGGUUAGUUCAAAGCCAGCCAAAUCAAGAUCCAGUGUGCAAGCAAGCAGUACUUCACUUGAUAGUCAAAUAUCUAAAAGAAAUAAUUCCAAGAACCAGAGAAAAACAACAGUUAGUAGAUCGAGCAGUGGAAAAGUUGAAAUGGARACUUCUGAACCAAAUAACAGUGUGGAUUACUUGGAAAAUACUGAGAAAUCRGAGUGUGAUGUGAUUGAAGAGGACWGRACGGUCAAAAUUGAUGAGGACUCUGAAUAUAAUGGACCAUAUUCUGUCAAACAGAACCUCUUUCRCCUUGAUCACACAAGCAAUGAAAGCAAUGUUUUUAGCAARGAUCCUGUUGAUAAUCAGAGCAAUGUCAUGAAAAAGGAAGAUAACAACUURGAYGAGAAUGACACGGUGACUGCCUUUUUUGGGAGUCUAGGGUUAGGAAGGAAGGCCAGCACUGACAAAGAUGAUGCRAGUGUUCURACUGAUUCAGGUACAAGCUCUUCAUCUUCUGAAAAUCUUUURYCACAACAGGAACACYCAGAUGAUAAUGGAGUUGACUUUUACAACAAACACGAAUUAGACUCCAAUAGUGAUGAAACAGCUGAAAAGGAAACAGUCACAAACAAACUAACUCCCCUUYCUCCCACUAAAAAGUCAGCAAGGAUAAGUGCCAAGAGAGCUAUUUUAGAGAAAAAUAUUGACAACUUCYGUGAUGAAACUACCAUUUGGAGCAUUUGGGGAGGUUUACCACCUCAAAAUAAAAUCAAAAGCAAGCUUUCUUUYUCUGAUGAUGGAAUACAAAAUAUGAAUUCUCAAGAGGAUAAUGUUAACAUGAGUCCUGAUUCAUUAAGUAGCACUGAACUCUCUCUUGCACAAGAAAUGAAUGAGCCUCAAGUUAAUAAAGUCAAGGGCCCAAGAAUUAAACAAACCCCAGUAAGAAUUAAAAAACUUGCCACCCCUUCUGUCCAACCAGAAAAACAGGUAUCYGUWGGUAAUGUGGUGUGGGGAAAAGUACACGGUCAUCCAUGGUGGCCAGGUAGGGUCCUGGCAGUGAGUGGMAACAUUGGUGAGGGUGACGACAUCAUUCAACAUGCRCAUGUAACCUGGUUUGGUUCUAACACAAGUUCGAUUAUGCCAGUGAAUGAACUGCAACACUUCUUAGCAAAUUUCAAAAGACGUUACAAAAAAGCUAAYAAGGGAUGUUAUCGWAAAGCAGUCAAGCAAGCUCAGGAAAUGCUUCAAAUAAUGGGAGAAAUCUAAUACUGUUUAUAAGUGACUUUUUUGUAUAAUGAUGUUAUCAAAUUUGAAUUCAAUAUUAUAUGAAAUAUUAUGAUAUUUGUAAAUAUGUUACAAAAUAUUGUUGACUAAAGAUUAGUUUAGAUGUCUUCAAGAAAAUAACAUGAAAUAAUUCUAUUAGUCAUUGCAACAAAAAUUUUCUCAAAACAUGUCUUAUUCUUGCAAAGAAAACUAAUCAACUUGACCUUAAGAAAUCUUCMUUGUUAUCUUCAUAAAGUCAAAAUAUAAAUAUCAAAUUUCAGAAGACUGUGUUCAUAAUGGAAAGGAGCUCAAACCUUUACAUAUUUACUUAGUACUGCAUUAGAAAUGCAAAAUUCUAUGUUUAUAUAAACAAUUUCACAAUUUCUUUUCAAAUAAGUAAAGGUUUAUAAUUUUAGGUUGUAAAUACAUUGUCCAAACCAGUUUACAAAUUGUGCAUUACCGAUUAUCAAAUUUUCCUGAUACAUCUUUGCAUUUAAACAUGUCUGUGAGCAGAUUUUAUAAACCUGUUUCACACUUAAACCUAAUAUACUUCAUUACUUGGUUUUUUUUUGCAUGUUUUUCUUCAUCUUUUUGGUAUAUGUCACAUUAUGCUUUGACUAUAAAAUUUUGUUUCACAGGAUUGUGAAAAUCAUGAUAAUGAUUGUAUUAUAAUCAGGCAUGAGACAUCUUCAAUUUUUAGACUUUACAAGUUGUCAUUUUAAGAAUCAUUAUCAAAUCUAUUCAGCAGCUCAGUUUUACAUCUUUAKAAUUUCUAAAAACUAAGAGGAAAAUACUGAGAGAAUGUUGACAUCUUUCUAAUAAAAUUAUUGUCAACGUUAGUUUAAUGUGGCUUGUUUUGGAAUGUUGUUAACCAAAAUUCAUAUAAAUACAGCAUUGUCCACAGAAAUAUUAUUGUUGGAUUGUUACUAUACAUUUGUUGAAAUAAAAUAGUUUUAGAUUUA